UCUGUAGCUGGUCAGCAACAUGAAAGCUGAUCAUUUACUGACUGCAUUUUGUGGCUAAAAUAUGCAUUUUUGGGCGCCCUACUGAGGAAGAGCCAUCGGGGCUGGCUUGCCCCCCUGCAAACUCCCUUUCCGACACAAUAUAUACCUUGGCUCAUUCAAAGGAAUGCAGAAUGACAAACCCCCGUCCCCAGUUCUCCUCCGAGCUCCUCCAAAUAGGUCCGGCCUCAAAGGCCGCGCUAGCUGGGGAUUAUGGGUGCUGGAGUCCCAACUCAGCUGGAGACCCCCGGAUUUGGAGAAGCUUGGGGGACCAGGUGGCUGUUCACCCCGCCUCCUCCUGAGGAGCCCCAUCCCGACCGCGUGGGAAAGCGGCCAGGAGGCUGGAUAUCGUCGCCAACCCCCUUUUUUGUCCCCGUCCCUUCCUCCUCCGCGGGCGCCGGGCGGAGCGGCCAGUCCUCCGUGGAGGCAUCGCCGGCGCGUACCGGCCACAUCACCCGGGCCGGUGGGGGGUUCCCGGCUAGUCACGCCCCUCGCCCCCGCCGACUUUGGCCGCGCCUGCUCAGUGGGGGCGGAGGCCCCGAGGAGCUGUCAGCAACUCCGCGGCCGCCGGGCAGGUUUCUCCUUUUUUCCUGCGAAGAGCGGGGCAGCUUCUGGCGCGCUGCGCCCGACGGAGGAUGGCAAGCGGCGGCAUCUGCUGCGAGAGGCUGGGGCCAGCCCCGCCGUCGCCGGCCAGGGGGUGGAGAAGGAACGCUCAUGGAAGUGAACUUGGCUGAGUCAAGGAAGUUCGGUAGAGAGCUCUUUAAAAGAUUGCUGGCAACGCCACAAUUCAAGGCCAGGCGUAUAACUUGAUAAAGAUUUAAACUGGGUCAAGACCAAGAAGUCAUAAAAAGAACACUUUCUACAUAGUAGACAAAAAAGCAGUUUCUGUAUUUCUGUAUAACUAUACAAUUUAUUGAGAGCUGAAGUGAUUAUCAAAACAAUAUUUCCAAAACAGUAUGACUAAUUGUAAAGGAAGAUCUGUCAGCAAGAAAAGAAAUGAUAAAGCCUAUAAUGGAGAAGGAUUUGUAAAUUGGACUAUAAAUCUAAAUGCAAUUCAGUCCGACAAAUUCUUGAACUUACCGUUGAGUAUGGUUCCAAUUGUUUAUCACAAAACUCAAGAAGAGAGACAUAAGAAAGUAAAUAGUCUCUGGCAAGAUGGAUUGCAGCCAUCAGGACACAAUUUCAGUAUUAGGACUGAUCAACACAUGGAUUAUCAUCACUUUUCAGAAUCAGCCUAUCAUGGGAAUAACGGACAUAAUUCAUCAAGCUGUAGCCCAAAGUAUGAUAACUUUGCAAGUUACAAUUAUUCAGAUGGGACUGACUCCUCAGAAAUGGAUGCUAUACUGCAGGACAACCAUUUAUCUAGCGACAGUGAUGAAACCUCUCCCAUUCUGGAAGGAAAUAGAAAACAGCCCAAGGAAUCUAGCAGCAUUAUGGCAUUACAGAUACUUGUACCAUUCUUGCUAGCAGGAUUCGGAACAGUGUCUGCAGGGAUGGUUCUAGAUAUUGUUCAGCAUUGGGAAGUGUUCCGAAAUAUUACUGAAGUUUUCAUCUUGGUUCCUGCAUUACUUGGCUUGAAGGGUAAUCUGGAAAUGACUUUGGCAUCUCGACUAUCCACAGCAGUGAAUGUCGGGAAAAUGGAUUCACCCAUUGAGAAGUGGAAUCUAAUAAUUGGAAAUUUGGCUUUAAAACAGGUACAAGCAACAGUAGUUGGUUUUUUGGCAGCUGUGGCAGCAGUCAUAUUGGGUUGGAUUCCUGAAGGGAAAUACCAUCUUGAUCACUCGAUUCUUUUAUGUUCUAGCAGUGUAGCAACAGCCUUCAUAGCAUCACUUUUACAGGGCAUAAUAAUGGUUGGUGUUAUUGUUGGCUCUAAGAAGACUGGCAUAAAUCCUGACAAUGUCGCCACACCUAUUGCAGCCAGCUUUGGAGAUCUAAUCACGCUUGCCAUUUUGGCAUGGAUAAGUCAGGGUUUAUAUGAUUGCCUUGAGAACUAUUAUUAUAUAUCUCCUUUAGUUGGUGCCUUUUUCUUGGCUCUGACUCCUAUGUGGAUUAUAAUUGCUGCUAAACAUCCAGCUACAAGAACAGUCCUCCAUUCCGGGUGGGAACCUGUUAUAACUGCAAUGGUCAUUAGCAGUAUUGGUGGUCUUAUUCUGGAUACAACUGUAUCUGAUCCUAAUUUGGUUGGGAUUGUUGUUUAUACUCCAGUAAUCAAUGGGAUUGGUGGUAAUCUAGUUGCAAUUCAAGCCAGCAGAAUUUCAACUUACUUACAUUUACAUAGUGUUCCUGGAGAAUUACCAGAAGAAGCCAAAGGCUGCUGUUAUCCAUGCAGAACAUUUUGUGGCACAGGAGUAAAUAAUAAAUCAGCUCAAGUUCUUCUGCUGUUGGUAAUUCCUGGGCAUUUAAUAUUUUUGUACACGAUUCAUUUAAUGAAAAGUGGUCACACAUCUUUGACACCCAUUUUCAUUGUGGUAUAUUUGUUCACAGCACUUCUACAGGUAUUUAUCUUAUUAUGGAUUGCUGACUGGAUGGUGCACCACAUCUGGAAAAAGGGGAAAGACCCAGACAGUUUUUCUAUUCCUUAUCUUACUGCACUUGGAGAUCUUCUUGGAACUGCCUUACUUGCACUGAGUUUUCAUUUUCUGUGGCUGAUUGGGGAUAGGGAUGGAGAUGUAGGAGAUUAAUAAAUUAAUAACACCUAAUUUAUCCCAUUAGUUGAAAUAUGAGAGUAGGGACCACUUGAUUUAGCAUUUCAUAUGAAAUAUAUUAAGAGAGUAGUUGAGUUUCAUUACAGUAACUUCAGUGUUGACACUGAUAUUAAACAGCCUUAACUUUUUUAAAACAAUAAAAAACUAAAAUAAGAGGCUUCAAGUAUUUUUACACUGCAAAGGUGUGUUUGGGGCUGGUUGACACCAUCUCAUCACAGACAGAGAAAGUUGGCCAGCGUUAUGUCAGGAAAUAAAAUAUAGAUGAUAGGUAACAGAACGAUGUGGUUUAACCACUGAUAUAUCUGCCUAAUGAAAUGUAGCAUGCAUUUCAUUAGGCAGUCUGGCUAUGCAUUUGAAGUCACACGAUACAAUGGGUUCACAGCAUAAAAUAGAGGUAACCCAUAAUGCAAAAGAUAUUAUUUUUGCAUAUCAGUAAGAAAAACAAGUUCAAGUAAGACAUUUAACAUUCAGUUUAUUUUAGUUGCUGGCAGAAAAAGGAUGGAACACCUUCUGUUCUAGAAAAUUAAUCAGUUGAAAUAGGAAAUACGUUUCUCAUAAAGAUAAUACAGUAUGAUCAUGCAUGGACAAUAAUAAUGUUGAAUUAAUGGUUGUAACUCAAGAGGUACAUUGACACUGUUUUCAAGUGUUCAAGUUUUGUCCUUUAUUGUGAUGUAUAAAGAAUCAAGACUAUUUAAAGAAGAAGAAAAGCAGCUUUUGAUAUGUAUUGGGGAAACUACAAUAUAACUUCUGAAAUAACA